AUGUUUAAUAGCAGUGAAGAAACCGAUAUUGGUUUACCUCUUGACCCUAAUUCUGAUUCUCGUGGCAGUGCUUCCAACAAUAGAAUCAACCAAAAUGAUUUUGAAAGACAAAAUGUUUACGAAGAACAGCAAGAAAAUUUUAAUUUUGUUGAAACAUUGCACGAUUCAAGUUUAAGUGAAGGUGAAGAGAAAAUUGGUUUAGUUGUUAUUUGCAAGAAAGAAUAUUCUGUUAUCUGGAAUCCAUUUGACGAUCUUGUUCGUGUACAAUUUGGUCAACAUCAAAAUGAUGGAGAUAAUCAACUUCCAAUAUGGCCUCUCUGUGAAUGGGUUAAGUAUCGUUGUAUGCCUGAAGAAUCUCAAAUUGCCAAUGGGGUUGUUUGUAAAUAUACGGCUUAUGAUAUAAAAAAGACUAAAGCACCCAAAGAUGUUACUCUACUUAAAAAUGAAAAUGUUGCGGUUAAGUGCAAUCUCUCUUCUGGAAAAGCUUUCAGCAGUGAAUUCUUUACUGCAAAUGAUUCUUUCUUUCAAUCUGUUUUGUGCAGUUGUAAGGAUCGUGUAUUGAAGGAACAAAUGGAGGAUGAUGAUGCUUCUAUUGAUGUUUAUGCUAUUUUUACUGAUGCUUAUAAGCAUAACAACCGAUGGAUGGCUUUUGCCUUUCGUGAUAAAGAUUAUUGA